AUGGAUUACGACUUCAAAACAAAGCUCGCGGCCGAACGAGAAAAGGUAGAAGAUCUGUUCGAAUAUGAAGGUUGCAAAGUGGGUCGAGGCACCUACGGGCACGUUUAUAAAGCUAAGCGCAAAGACGGGUAAGAUUCUGAAAACGGUAUUGUUUACUCAAACUGAUUGCAGAAUGCUAAAAUGUAAAAUGGACAGACUACAUUUGAACCACCCUGAGCGCUGCCAGUGUCUGUGUUUUUGUUUUCAUGUACGCACUCACUCACUCGCAACGGUCCUCCCCCAAAACAACACAGCGAUGAUGUUUAUUAUUUGACACACUACUUUCAACAUUAGUUAUUUAUAUAAGCCUAAUAUCGCUAGUAGAAACGUGUAGGCUUUGAUCUUGGUCAACUUGGCUAAGUCAUUGCUGCUUAAAAUAAUAAUAUCAUAUUAUUGCCAAGAUCUCUCAAGAGUACUCAAACAGUCGAACUCGAUGCAAUGCUUAACUCCUUUUGGUGCUUGAAUGCAAAUAAAAAAAAGUGGCACAGCAAUGAAUAGAAUAUACAUGUUUGGCUAAUAAUUUAUUAUUACGGUUUUCUAAUAUGGAUAAAAGACUCAUAUCAAACUUCAAACAAUGACUAUUUUUGUCAUUUGUGCAGUUCCUGUUCCUAAUUGACCACUUACUUUGCAAAGUCACCAACAUUUUUGUGGGAUCAUUUAAAAUAUAUUUAAAAGUAUUUUCCUGCACAAGCAAGUGAUUUUGCUGUGUUUGAUUCUCAUUUGUGCACCAAUCUCAUGAUAUGCCUGGACAUUUCCACUUUCCCUCCAAUCUGGGGAGAAGUCUAUGAUAGACUUCUCCCCAGAUUGGAGGGAAAGUGGAAAUGUACUCUAUGCUAUUUCGGUUUUGAGGGGGGGGGAGGGGGGGGGGUAGAUCACUAUAUCACACUAUCAUUAGCCUAUAAUGGGCCAUUAAGCCUAUUAGCCCAAUCAGAUAGGUAUAUAGGACAUAGGAACUCAUCUGCACUGAUCAAUCAAUACUGGAGGUAAUACAGUAUAUCACCUCCAGUAUUGAUUGAUCAGUGCAGAUGAGUUCCUAUGUCCUAAAUGCCUAUCUGAUUGGGCUAAUAGGCUUAAUAGCCUAUUAUAGGCUAAUGAUUAUAAAACGAUCCCUCGUUUAGGGAAGUCAGUGUAAUAUGGAUCUUUUGGCCAUAGUAGCAGAAUAUAUCCUAUCUGUAAUAAACAAGUUGACAAUUUCAAUGGCAAUGCACAGUUGAGGGAGGUUUUUUUUCUCCAUUUACCGCCAACUGGUGAUUUGGCAUUGGGCCUUUUGGCACGAAAGUCGUAUUUUCACGGAAUGUGGGCGAGGGAGCGUAAACAGGGCAGGACCAAAAUUGGAAAGCUGAACUUUAUGCAAAUAAUCUGCGAUAUAGCAAACGCUAUUGACCAAUUGAAGCUAAUUUUAGCUUCCAGCCCCUACUGGAUUGGCUGUUGAUACCUAGCACUACCUAGCCUGCUUGCUAGCACCCACAUGAGGGCGAAGUUAGCGUGGCUAUCCGAAUUAUCAUGUUAUGUGGAAAUGCACUGUAAUCUAAUUCUGUUGCUCAGGGCGCAUGCUAGUGUUGCGUUCCUCUCAUUUACUGCGAAAACCCCCGCCUGCUUUUUCUUGCAGGUAGCGUCACCUGUCGUUCGAGUAGCCUGACAAAACACCUGAUAUUUUUUGACAAUUUGCGCAUUCAUUUAUGUAAUUUGUAGGCCUACACAAUUGUAGGCUUACUAAUAUUAAUAGAUAAAGGGACUUCUCUAUUUAGUUAAUCAAUAUUCUGGAUAGUGUCUCUGUCAACAUGAAGAUAGCCUACUGCUCAACUAGGCCCUACAAUCCUUAUCGUUGACCUAGCCAAUAUUUAGAGAAACUGAGACAUAGUGUCAUUGUUGUUGCUGAUUGUUCAGUGAUGCAUGCUUUCAGGGGUGGUGCAGGAGGCCUGGCUGACGCAAUUUACGUGACUCACGGCGAUGGAGAGCUGUGACACACUAAUGUCAGAAGGACUUAAAGUUAGGUGUUAGCCAAACUAUUAGGCCUAGCUCAGGGGAGAACGACUGCCCCCUCGCAUUGAGAAUAUCAGGUUGAAGGCCGACCGCGGUACUGCAGGCAUUGUUUCCAGAAAACAGGAUCCCCCAUUAUAAUGAAUGGGGAAAUGGCUAUCUUCGUGGUCAAUAUUCGUGGAUAAAAAAUAAUAAUUUUGGAACACAAUCAUGGUUCCAAUAAUUGCUUCUAUUUCACCAGAUGUUUGUCCUUGAACCGAUUACUUUAAAAUCACACACAGACAAAGUUAUAAGGAUAAUUUAGUUGCUAAUGGCAGCCUGCAGUACCUCGGUCGGCCUUCAAUUUGAGAUACUCCAUGACAGGGGGCAGCACUGAGCUAGCCUGCAACCUCACUUCCUACUUGCUGAAAUGACACCUCCUGAUCAUCAAAUGCACCACUGUUCAUUCUCAUAGGAAACAAUGGGGUGAUGUCAUCGAUGGCUUCGUCCAUAUUUUUACAGUCUAUGGCCUAGCCUUUUAGUUGCUAAUGCUUGCCCUUAAUACAGAGUAUUUGAACCACAUGUUUAAGAAAACUAAUGGCCAGCAACCAGUCAAUGUAUUUUGUGAUGGCACCUCAUGUAUUGUAAUAAAGGCACAUUUUCUUGAUCCAUCCUUGCUGGUCAGAAAUAUGAAACACUUUUCAUGCAAAGUUUGGCCUAGUAUAUUUGUUUCGUUUUUGUCUUAUAAAACUUGGUAAUUGUCAGUGGAACAUAUUGAGACUUUUUAGUCUUCUGUUGGUUUUUCAGUAAGGUCUUCCAACAGUCAGCAGUUAGCAAUAAAUUGCAGAAGUAGCACUUUGAUGAGGUGUGCUUUCUCUCUGUAAACAGAAGAGGGAGUGUCUCUAUCCACAUGUAUGUGAAUUUAGGAAUGUGAGUCAGGAUUAUGGCCAGAUGAGUGUAGUGGCCAUGCAGGCUUUUUGUGAGGCACAAAAGGCAGCCUGUGGACUGUGUGUGACAGCCUUAAGGCGUCAGCAUGCUUCAGUUCGGCUGGCGACUAGCUAACCAAAUGAGUGUGCUCGCAUACUCCCUUAAAAGACCUUCGCUUGAAAAACAGUUCAUCUUUCCCUCGAUCCUGACUAGUCUCCCAGUCCCUGCCGCUGAAAAACAUCCCCACAUCAUGAUGCUGCCACCACCAUGCUUCACCGUAGGGAUGGUGCCAGGUUUCCUCCAGACAUGACUCUUGGCAUUCAGGCCAAAGAGUUCAAUCUUGUUUCUCAUGGUCUGAGAGUCUUUUAGGUGCCUUUUGGCAAACUUCAAGCGGGCUGCCUUUUACUGAGGAGUGCCUUCCGUCUGGCCACUCUACCAUGAAGGCCUGAUUGGUGGAGUUCUGCAGAGAUGGUUGUCCUUCUGGAAGGUUCUUCCAUCUAAACAGAGGAACUCUGGAGCUCUGUCAGAGUGACCAUCAGGUUCUUGGUCAUCUCCCUGACCAAAGCCCUUCUCCCCCGAUUGCUCAGUUUGGCCGGGCAGCCAGCUCUAGGAAGAGUCUUGGUGGUUCCAAACUUCUUCCAUUUAAGAAUGAUGGAGGCCACUGUGUUCUUGGGGAACUUCAAUGCUGCAGAAAUGUUUUGGUACCCUUCCCCAGAUCUGUGCCUCAACACAAUCCUGUCUCGGCGCUCUACGGACAAUUCCUUCGACCUCAUGGCUUGGUUUAUGCUCUGACAUGCACUGUCAACUGUGGGACCUUAUAUAGAUAGGUGUGUUUUCUUCAUUGGCAGGCACAUCUCUUCAAUGCAUUUUUCCCACCACCAGCAGGUUUUUACAAGGGCACAGGAAUACCCUCAGAAUACAAUGUCAAGAUAAAAUCCCUCUGAUUUUUCCUGACACUGCAUUUAUUAAAUAAAAUCCUAUUUAUCUUUGAUCAUUCUGAUUCUGCACUGUGUGUGCUAUGAGCUCGGUAUGUAGGCAAUGGUUGAAGCCAGAGCGUGUGUUUGCAUUAGAGGGUGAAAUGCAGAUAGAUGGUAAUGAGAGGCUGCACUCAACAACAACAGAGCACACCUGUGGCAAAUGAAUAGCUGUCUUCAGCCAGAGGAUAUUGCUAUUGGCAGGGAUUCCAUAAGAACACAUCGAGCAGUCCAUCUCCAUAAUUUUCAUAUCCCCUGUCCUUUCUGACUCUCAUAAACACACAACCUUCAAUACCUGAUAUGGUAUUGUAUUAAUCUAUCUAUGCUCAAGAACAAGGGAUUUGUCCCUGUGUUACAUUGCCAAAGAAUUAAAGCUGGUUUGUGAUGUCCUGUUUUUUUUUCUUCCUUUUGUCUGUUUCUCUGCAGGAAAGAUGAGAAAGAGUAUGCGCUGAAGCAAAUUGAAGGCACUGGAAUAUCGAUGUCUGCUUGCAGGGAAAUUGCU